AUGGCUUCAAAAUCGUCAAGCAAUGGUUUUCGACUUGAGGUACUCAAGGCACGUGGAAAUGGCGUGGUCACAACAAUUGAAAAUAUUUCAGCGAAUGCAACAAUUGCUGAAUUAAAAAAGCAAGUUGCUCAACUAAAACCCAAACUUUAUCCUGAUCGUCAAUCCUAUCGAGCUGAAGCGACCGGAAAAUCGGUCAAAGAUUCGCAGAAACUUUCCGAAUUGAAUGUCGAUAAAACCGGUAAAAUCUAUUUCAAAGACUUGGGACCACAAAUCGGAUGGAGCACGGUGUUUAUGGCUGAAUACGCCGGUCCAUUGGUCAUCUAUCUAUUGUUUUACAUUCGCCCAAGCAUUAUUUAUGGCUCAGCAGCAAGUUCGAAGCCAAUACAUUUAGCAGCUCAUUUGGGUGCAGCCUGUUGGACAUUCCACUACGCUAAACGUGUUUUAGAAACGAUCUUCGUGCAUCGAUUUUCGCAUGCAACCAUGCCAAUUUUCAAUUUGUUCAAAAAUUGCAGUUAUUAUUGGGGAUUUACUGCAUUUGUUUCAUACUUCGUCAAUCAUCCAAAAUACACUCCACCAUCGUUUGGCUAUGCACAAAUAUAUUUAGGCUUAGCUAUUUUCCUCUUGAGUGAGCUCGGUAAUUUGUCAAUCCAUUUACUUCUUCGUGAUCUUCGUCCACCUGGUACAACUGAACGUCGUAUUCCAUAUCCAAACAAGACAAAUCCCUUUACACAAUUAUUUCAUUUCGUUUCAUGUCCAAAUUAUACGUAUGAAAUUGGUUCAUGGUUAGGUUUUUCGUUAAUGACACAAACAUUAACUGCAUUUUUAUUUGCCAUUGCUGGAGCAGGACAAAUGACCCUUUGGGCACUAGGAAAACAUCGUGCUUACAAGAAGGAAUUUACUGACAAAUAUCCAAAACAACGUAAAUCGAUCAUUCCAUUCUUAAUUUAA